UGUAAGACAUCUAUCGGCUCGCCCAUCAAUGACAUCCCGCAAGAAACCAUGAAAACGCGACGGUACACCCGCAUAACACUUGCGUUACUCCUAUCAUUCACCUUGUUCUAUCUCUUUGCGCCAUACAUCUCCGGGCAGCAGUCGGACUCUCAUGGCUCGCGCUAUCCCCCUGCCUCGCCAGCAGGUGACGAGACUAGCGAUGCGGGCAAGGCAGCGCCUCCCGCGAGACCAAGAGAAAAAGAGUUAGUAGUGGCUAGCAUGGAAGGCGAUGAUACGGGUUGGCUGGAUGAAUUCUUCGAUGACUGGGCAAAAAAUGUUUACGUUGUCGACAGCACUUCGGCGCACCUGACUGUGCCGAAGAAUAAGGGACGAGAAGCAAUGCCCUUUUUGACAUACAUUAUUGACCGCUACGACACUCUGCCAAAAGUAUCUAUCUUUAUUCACAGUUUGCGCUACCAAUGGCACAAUGAAGAUCCCAUGUACGACGGCGUCCCUGUUCUGAAACGUCUACGUUUGAAGCAUGUGGCGGAGCGAGGAUUCGUUGCCCUCCGCUGCUCUUGGACGAUGGGUUGUCCUGCAGAGAUAUCGCCUCUGAAUCCUAGCGAUGGUAAAGACGACCGAUCGCAGAAUGAGGCUGCAUACGCGGGCGUCUUUAGGCAUCUGUUUCCUGGAGAACCAGUACCUGAAAAAGUUGGCGCACAUUGCUCCAGCCAGUUCGCCGUCUCGGCCGCUCGCAUCCAAGCUCGUCCGAGGAGGCAAUACGAAAACAUCAGAAAUUGGCUGCUUGAGACGAAUCUAGAUGAUCAGAUCAGCGGGAGGGUGAUUGAGUACAUGUGGCAUAUUAUAUUUGGCAUGGAUGCAAUUGACUGUCAAGAUGCGGGCGAGUGCUUCUGUCAGACUUUUGGGUUAUGCAACCUCACAUGCACGAAAGAGGCAUGCGAGAAGAGGUACAUAUUGCCUCAGUACGCAAAAAUGCCAAAAGGAUGGCCCGAUGUAGGUCCAGGAACAAGCGGGUGGCCUGAAAAAGGAUGGGCAGACUGAAGCUAGAAUAAUGAGUUAAACCACUACUGCUAAGGAAUGACAAAUUUAAUGACCU